GGUCUCGCUGGUGAGGGGGAAGACCCCACGUCUCCCCUGGGCCCCCUGGGAUGCUGGGACCGUGCUCUGCAGCAGAUGAGUCCCGCUCACAUCCCUUGCACCCCCAGCUCCCUCCUGGGCAGUGCCUCUCCCCAUGAGUGUGCAGGGACCAGUCUUGGCUCCCAGCCCCGCUCGGCCGUGGGCGUCUCUCCCCUGCAGCACAGGGCCAGGCCCUUGGGGGCACUGGAGGCCAGUGUCCUCGCUAACCCGGUGCGGUAUCCUUGCAGAAGCUGAGCUGUAGCAUGCAGUCAGAAGAGGGCACGGACUGGUUGCUCGACCUGCUCACCGAACUGCAGCUGCAACAGUACUUCCUGCGCAUCCGGGACGAACUGAACGUCACCCGCCUCUCCCACUUCGAGUACGUCAAAAAUGAGGAUCUGGAGAAGAUCGGCAUGGGCCGCCCCGGCCAACGGCGGCUUUGGGAGGCGGUGAAGCGGAGGAAGGCCAUGUGCAAGCGCAAAUCUUGGAUGAGCAAGGUGUUCAGCGGGAAGCGCCCCGAAUCGGAGCUGCCACCCCAGCCCCAGAGCACCUUCCGCAAGCCGCCCACGCCACCUCCCCUGGAAGCCAGCAGCCAAAACUCCCUGACUUGCCUCAUUAGGGAGAGGGACCUCUUGCUCUUCGAGAAGCUGGGUGAUGGCUCCUUCGGCGUCGUGCGCCGCGGCGAGUGGUGCACACCGGCUGGCAAGACGCUCAACGUGGCAGUGAAAUGUCUCAAGACGGAUGUGCUGAGCCAGCCAGAGGUGCUGGAUGACUUUAUCCGCGAGGUGAACGCAAUGCACUCCCUGGACCACAAGAACCUCAUCCGGCUCUACGGCGUGGUGCUCUCUCACCCCAUGAAGAUGGUGACGGAGCUGGCCCCGCUGGGCUCCCUCCUGGACCGUCUGCGGAAGAACCAGGGCCAUUUUCUCAUCUCCACGCUGUGCCAGUAUGCCAUCCAGGUGGCCAAGGGCAUGGCCUACCUGGAGUCCAAGCGCUUCAUCCACCGCGACCUGGCUGCCCGCAACAUCCUGUUGGCCUCCAAUGAGCAGGUCAAGAUCGGGGACUUCGGGCUCAUGCGAGCCCUGCCCAAAAAUGACGACCACUACGUGAUGCAGGAGCACCGCAAGGUGCCCUUUGCCUGGUGUGCUCCUGAGAGCCUGAAGACACGCACAUUCUCCCAUGCCAGCGACACCUGGAUGUUUGGAGUGACACUUUGGGAGAUGUUCACCUAUGGGCAGGAGCCCUGGAUCGGCCUCAAUGGCAGCCAGAUCCUACACAAGAUAGACAAGGAGGGGGAGCGGCUGCCGCGGCCUGAAGACUGUCCCCAGGACGUCUACAACGUCAUGCUGCAGUGCUGGGCGCACAAACCUGAGGACCGGCCAACCUUUGUGGCCCUGCGGGACUUCCUGGUCGAGGCCCAGCCCACCGACAUGAGGGCCCUGCAGGACUUCGAGGAGCCCGACAAGCUGCACAUCGAGAUGAACGACAUCAUCACGGUCAUCGAGGGCAGGGCCGAGAAUUACUGGUGGCGGGGUCAGAAUAAGCGGACCCUAAAAGUGGGCCAGUUCCCCCGAAACACGGUGACCUCGGUGGCAGGGCUGUCGGCCCACGACAUCAGCCAGCCGCUUAAAAACAGCUUCAUCCACACAGGCCAUGGAGACACCAACCCGCAGCAGUGCUGGGGGUUUCCCGAUAAAAUUGAUGAGCUGUACCUGGGAAAUCCCAUGGACCCUCCUGACAUUUUAGGUGUGGAUUUAACUGCUGCCAGACCCACUCAACUUCCAGGAAGGACUAAAAGGCAGCCGCCUCCCCCCCCGCCUCAGCCUGCCGUCCUGCUUACGAAGCCUUCCUACGACCCAGUCAGCGAGGAGGACGACGUGCUGUCUGCAGGCCUCCGGAAGCUCUGCCUGAAGAAGCCAGGCCCAGGGAAGGGACUGCGGCUGGUGAAGCCCUCAGCCCGGGUGUCAGGCACCAAGGUGGGCGAGCGGCAGCCCAGCCAGCCACUGAGCGAGGGUCCGGCGGGCGGCGAGGUGACCCUGAUUGACUUUGAGGAGGAGGUGCCCCCACCAAGCCCCUCACCUGUGGGGGAGCUCACGGCCCCCUCCCUCGCCAAGUUGGCCAUGGAGGCCUUCUCACUGCUAGACAAGACCCCACCACAGAGCCCCACGCGGGCCCUGCCCCGGCCCCUCCACCCCACGCCCGUAGUGGACUGGGACACCCGGCCCUUGCCCCCGCCACCCGCCUACGAUGAUGUGGCGCAGGAUGAGGAUGACUUUGAGGUGUGCUCCAUCAACAGCCCCCCGGGACAGCGGGGCAGCCGUGCGGGGCUGCCCAGAGUCCGGGAGCGAGGCGAGACCAACUAUGGCUUCGUGGAUGAGGGUGAGAGGGCCGCAGUGCUGGAGGACAACCUCUUCCUGCCCCCCAAGGAGGCCAAGCAGCUCAGCCUGACACAGACCACUGAGAUCUUCGAGGAGCUGCAGCAGGAGUGCAUGAAGAGGCUGAACGUGCCCCUGGGGCCAGCUGUCUUUGCCGCCGCGGCUCCUGCCGAAGACAAGCCCCAGAUCCCACCUCGUGUCCCCAUCCCACCCCGGCCCCUGCGCAGGAAUGAGCCCGGGCGCUGGUCAGGGGAGCUGUCACCAGCUUCAGGGGGUGAGGAGGACCGGCCGCCCCAGAUCCCCCCCCGGGACCCACUGUCACAGCCCACCUCCCGGACACCUAGCCCCAUGGCUCUGCAGGUGGGCUCUCCCCAGCAGCGCACCACGCUCUGCUCCUACCUCUCCACCUCGCCAGGGAAGCCCAUGCCCACCACGCAGAGUUUCGCCCUUGACCCUAAAUACGCCACCCCCAAGGUCAUCCAGGCGCAGGGCAAAGACUGCCCUAAGGGGCCCUGCAUCCUGCCCAUCGUGAAGGAUGGGCAGAAAGUCAGCAGCACCCAUUACUACCUGCUGCCCGAGCGCCCUGCCUACCUGGACAAGUACGAGAAGUUUUUCAAGGAGGCCAAAAGCCCCGAAGAGGUGCCGGCGUCCCGCGUGGUCACCACAGCCACCGUCCGGCCCAUGGUGCAGCAGCAGCCAGACUACAAGGCCAACUUCUCCUCCAACAACAGCAACCCUGGCCCCAAGUGCCUGGUGAAAGCCUCCUGCAGCCUCCAAAAGAUCGUCUACGAUGGGCCAGAUGGCUACCGCCCCUCCGAGAAGAUCCGGCUGGUGCAGGACAUGGUGCAUGGCGUGACGACAGAGGAGUGCCAGACAGCCCUGCAAAACCAUGGCUGGAACGUCCAGCGCGCCAUCCAGUACCUGAAGGUGGAGCAGCUCUUUUGCUUGGGGCUGAAGUCCCGUGUUGAGUGCCACCGGGUGCUGGAGAUGUUCGACUGGAACCUGGCACAGGCCAGCUCCCACCUCCUGGAUCCCUACAGUACAGCCCGGCAGAAGCGGUGACAGCGGGGCCCAGGUGGGUUACGUCAGAUCUGGAGUGGGCAUCUCGCCGUGGGACCACCAUGCGCUGUGGCCCCCCCUAUCCAUACAACCUGCUGCUGGACUCUGGACUGAGCCCUGCUUGGGGGACAGGGGUGCCCCGAAAUGGAGCCUGUCUAGGGCUUGGGACACUUGCCAUGCUAGGGUGCCCCUGCCCUGGCUUUGGAGAUGGUCUCCGUCCCCCAGCCCGUUGUU